AUGAGUCUUGAAGCAAGUCUUGCUCUUCAGCUCCCAGUCAUAGACUUCACAAGUCCAAACCUAAAACCUGGAACUGUCGAGUGGGACUCGGUGAGAGACGAUGUCCGUAAAGCUCUAGAAGAGUACGGAUGUUUCGAGGCCUUGUUCGAUAAAGUCCCUGUCGAACUUCGAAAGGCGGUCUUCGAUGUUUCUGAGGAAGCUUUCAGGCUACCACUGGAGACCAAACAGAGAGUUGUAUCGAGUAGGAAGUACAGAGGAUACGUGGGUCAGAUUCCAACGUUGCCUCUUUUCGAAGUCUUGGGCGUUGACUUUGCAGAAAAUGAAGAUAAAGUCAAUGAAUUUACUCAUAAGCUUUGGCCCCAAGGCAAUACAAUUUUCAGCGAGUCGGUCAUGUCAUUCACUGAGAAAUUAUCAGAAUUGGACUUAAUGACCCGGAGAAUGAUCAUGGAGAGCUUUGGGGUCAAUGAAAAUUAUAUUGAGAAACAUUUGAAGUCGACGAAGUUUCUCAUGAGACUGAUGAAGUACCAAGGAGUUGAAGAAACAGAGGAAGAGUUAGGCAUGGAGGCUCAUACAGACAGAAACAUGCUCACCAUACUUUGUCAGAACGAUGUACAAGACGGGCUCGAAGUGAAAACUAGAGAUGAUAAGCAUUGGAUCAAAGUCAAUCCUUCUCAAGCUUCUUCAUACAUCGUUCUUGGAGGAGCUACACUACACGUGCUUAUGAAUGGUCGGGUGCUUACUGGUGUUCACCGUGUGAUGAGGAUGGGAACGAACACAAGAUUCUCAGUUGGAUUAUUCUCUGUUCCGAGAACAGAGGAUUUGAUAUAUCCAGUAGAGGAAAUGGUUGAUGCUGAGCAUCCUCGUCUCUUCAAGCCUUUUGAUUUUGAAGCUUACUUUCAGUUUACCACUGAGGGACCUGGAAGGAGAGAUCUUGCUGCUCUCAGGGCUUACUGUGGCCUUUGA